AUGUCCCAAAGCAUCGUCCCGUACCUAUUGGGUACGCUGGUAUUCCUCGUUUACGUUGUAUAUACAUCUAUUCGCACCGGCGCUGGUCUCCGUCACCGGACGGUAGAACAAUUCGAGUUCUCCGAGGCCACGAUCGAGGAGAAGAUUAUCUACCUUGGAACGCAAAUGCGCUGGUGGGACUACUACUGUGGCCUUUGGUACAUGCACCUGGUUAUUCACCUGUGCGCUGCUUGCCAGACUCGAGGCUGGCCUUACACCAUCUCCGUGACGUACAUGAUUGUAUGUGUCGCCUACUUUUACGUCUUGUCAAUGAUACUUGCCAUGGCCGAGGUUCAACUUCCUAGCCUCUGGUCUAUGCUUACGGACGGUCGCCGGGCGGAAUGA